GCCAUCCCGCAGCGCAGGCGCAAAGCGCCGCCACGCUGUGCACGCCAGUCGGGAGGAACACGGCUCACGUGACCCCUGGCGGAGCGCGUGUGGCUGGGACUCGGAUGGAGCAGGGAGCCGAGGCAGCGAGCAGGCCGGCGGGGAGCCCGGGGCUGGCCUGCGGCAAGCGGAAGAUGGCGCUGCACGGAUGUGAAACCUGUAGUGGAGAGGAAGCAAAGUACAGGUGUCCACGUUGCAUGAAAUACUCAUGCAGUUUGGCGUGUGUGAAAAAGCACAAAACUGCACUGAGUUGUAAUGGAAUCAGAGAGAAGGCAGCAUUUGUCUCCAUAAAUGAGUUUAGCGAGUUGAAUCUCCUAAGUGAUUAUCGUUUUCUGGAAGAUGUAGGAAGGAUGACUGAUGGUGCUGCUCGAGAUGUUUCCUUGCAUAGACCAACAACCAAUAAAUUUAUAAAUUAUUUGAAAAACCGAGCUCGAAAGCACAAUAUCCACUUGAAAACUUUACCCAUUGGAUUUACAAAAAGGAGAGAGAAUUCAACCACCUUCAACAAGAAGGAGCAAAGGUUCUACUGGCAUUUGAAGCUCAUAUUUCCUCACAGUCAUGCUGAAUACACAGUAAAAAGGGUGCCCGAUGAUAAAACACUAGGUGAAAUCCUUAAACCUUACCUUGAUCCUGAAGAAUCAGAUCCUGUUAUUCGUCAAAGAUUAAAAAUAUAUACAAUGUCUCCUCAGUCAGAUGUGCAAAUUUUAAUGAAAAUAGAAAACAGGCAACAUAAUUCUGUCAGCUAUGAUGAACUGCAUACCAGUAAAAGCCUUCUAGACAAUUUGAAAGACAAGGUAGUAAUUGAAUACCCAACAUUACUUGUGGUAUUGAAGAAACUCAAGAAUGAUAUGGGAGUUCUUGGCCAAGAUGCUAGUGAAUCCACUGAGGACUUGGACAGUGACAGUUCAUCCCUCUCAUCUGAGGAAGAAGGGGAAAUACGGGACAGUUCCUGAAAAAUCUGUUUUGACAGAAGGGGGUGUGAUCAGCUUCUUACACUUUUUUUUUACAUUUAUUGUGACAGGUUUUUUUUGUUGUAAGGGCAACAUUUUCAAAACUGGAUGCCUAACUUUAGGGUAAGUCCUUUUUUCAUAAAUCAGCGUAAUACAUAUUUCAAAGGUACGUUCAGCUUGUGCAGUAAUCUUGGGCAUCUAGUUUUUAUCUUAACAACCCAGCUCCAUAUUUCUCAAACAGAGCUUAAAAAUCUGGCCAUUUACUUAAGUGCCUAACUUCAGGCUCCUAUUAUUUUUAAUAAAAUCUUGACCUAAAUGUUUUUCUAGUUGAAUUUACUUUGUACAAUAUUUCUUUGCUGUGCUGAGCCUCUGUAGACAGUCAUAAAUUCUUGUUGACUAAUCAUUUGGUAACAAUGUGUGUGUUUAGUGCAGUAAAUUUAGUUUUCAUAUUUAGGUGCAUUGUGCAGGAUCCAGUGAGAACAUUUUUUUUUUUUUUCUGGCUAGAGUAAUAGUGAACUUUUGAAUUGUUAGCAUGAUGUUGUUUUAAAUCAGCAUAAGUUUGAAAAUCAGUAGAACUGAAUAAAUUCAUUAACUGCAGGUAAUGCUAAUACAUUUAUGACUUAUAAAUAUUUCUUAUUUUGUGCACCUUUGUAUUGUGAUUUCAUCUGUUGAAAUCAGACAUUGUAAAUAUUUCCUAGUUUUAAUGGAAUAUCUUCUGAGAUUUAUCUCUAAUUUUAAAAUAAAUAAAAGAUGCUGCAUAGAGAUUCAUGUAACACAUUACCUGCUGGCAAAGAACAUUUGCUGUGAAAUUCUACAGCAGGCUUUGAUUAUCCCGUAAUACACAUCCAUGUCAUGAGUCACUUAAUAACUGCCAGCCUGUUUUUUGGUUAGAUCCUGUGUCUAUGGUAUUUGCUGUAGGGGGGGACAGCACACAUGGUUGGGGGCAGUAAAGCACCAAUACACCUACCUGGCACUAUUAGUUUCAACUCAUUAUGGUCCAACAUAGCAUAGGGGAUCUGCACAUGCAGGGCUGCUUGCAAGAUCAGGAUUUGUUUGUAAUAUACUUUUCACGUAAGGUAAGUUCACAACUCAGCAUCGUUAAAUCCCUUAUCCGCCUUCCAGUUUAAGAUGACCCAAGUGAUAGGAACUUGGAAAGCCAGUCCUUGAUUAUUAGCACAUAGUGGCCCCAAUUCAGAUUGAGAUCUCAUGUCAGGCACUCCCAAACACACACAGAAAAACAGUCCCUGCAGAGAGCAUAUAAUCUAAAUAGACAGGAAAACAGCCGCGCAGAGAAGUGAAAGGACUGUCCAAGAUCACAUAGUGGGUCUGUGGCACAGCCAAGAAGAAAACCCAGAUCUACUGACUCCCACUCCCGUGUCCUAUUUCACUGAUCCAUGAUGCUAGUCCCGCUAGCUCCUUACCCAUCAUGCUCCUCUCAGAAGACUUUGGUAGCUCUGUCUGUGCAAGAUGGUCAAGGUUAACCUGUGCCUGAUAUCCCUCCAACUCUGAUCAAUGUUUCCACCAACUUUCCUGGGUAUAAGGUAUGCUUUCACCACCUCAUAGGAAUCCGAUAUUCAUCAAAUGCAUCAUUCAUUGGGCCAUCCAGUUAAUCAAGUGUUGGAGAGAGAGUUAAUGCCUUGUUAGCCCUGGACAGUUAUAGGAUACAGGCCAUUGUUUCUGACAAUAACACCACAUCUCCUUUGCCCAGCUGCCCCUCCCCUUACUACACCAACCCCCAUCACCCUGGCUCUCUAACCGCUUUUGAUGGAUGCAAGGGAAUAGGUUCCUGCUCCAACGGAGGGAGUCACAUCUCUGACACUUUCCUGUGCCCUGGAUUCUUGAUAAAUUCAAACAACCAAACUUGUUUCUGUCUCGUGACAGUAUCCUGUGCCCUACUUUAUUUUUACAAUUCAGAGUAAUAGAGAAAAAUAACACACGAAGACCAGCUAGUUUUUUACCCACUUUUACAAGGAUUUUUGUCCAUGGUUAUAGAUACUUUCAUGUUACUUCACUUCAAAUAGAAUACUAGAUCCUUCAUAGUCACUGAUUGCUGCAUUCAGGCUCAGUAGCCACAAGUUACUGGAAACAAGUCUUGCACCUGUUCACAUAAAUAUGCACUAGCAGUAAACCUCUCAUUUUAACUAAACAAUAUAACUGCCAACGUUUAUUUGAUAGAAAAUUAGUUUCAUCUGUAGAAGAUAGUGGGAUUCCUGUUCUUAAGAUUCCUGGGAUAUAGUAGAAAUUAGAAUACUACAGAUAUUAGCAAACCGGGCACUUCAUCUGUGUAUGAUUAAUAUUUGGCUGAGGCCCAUGGUUUUGUAGUAGAUACAAUUUGCAUUACUCUUCUAAACGCUUGCAGUUUUUCAUGAAUUGUGCAGAAAUGGCUCGCCCUUAUUUUUACACCAGUCCAGUUUAAGCUCUUUUGUCACAGGCAAACACAACCCUGAUUUGUUUUUAAAUGUAAAUACUGUUAAAUCUGCCUUUCAGAUUGAAAGUAUUCAUUGCUUUGAAAUGGUAAAAUAAACAUAACUUGGCAUAAUU